CGAAUACUCCUCCAUGUGUUAUCCACUUCGUUCCGUACUCCGCCAUGGAUGUCGUCAAGAAGCGAAAGAUGGACGAGAAUGGCGUCCUUCUUGACGAUUCCGAUCAUUCAGUAUUAAAACUUUCAACGGAAGAUGCUCGCAAGAUCAUCGAGCGGUUCACUCAGGAUCAACUCAUCGACAUUCUUCAAGAUGCGGUUUCCCGCCAUUCCGAUGUUCUUGACGCCGUACGUUCCGUUGCUGAUCACGAUGUUGCUCAGCGUAAGCUUUUCGUUCGUGGGCUUGGUUGGGAUACUUCAACCGAGGGUCUCCGGAAGCUCUUCUCCGUGUAUGGCGAACUUGAAGAAGCCGUCGUUAUCCUAGAUAAAGCCACGGGGAAGUCGAAAGGGUAUGGAUUUGUUACGUUUAAGCAUGUGGAUGGUGCUCUAUUGGCUUUGAAAGAACCGAGUAAAACUAUUGAUGGGCGUGUUACCGUGACUCAACUAGCAGCCGCAGGGAAUACUGGGUCUAACUCGAAUGCUCCCGAUGUGUCGUUGAGGAAAAUUUACGUAGCUAAUGUGCCGAUUGAUAUGGCUGCUGAUAAAUUGCUUUCGCAUUUUGCUCUGUACGGGGAGAUUGAAGAAGGGCCUUUGGGGUUCGAUAAGCAGACGGGGAAGUGUAGGGGUUAUGCAUUGUUUGUCUAUAAGAAGCCGGAGGGUGCGCAAGCGGCGUUGGUGGACCCGAUUAAAACAAUAGAAGGGCGGCAAGUUAGCUGUAAAUAUGCCAACGAUGGGAAAAAGGGAAAGCCUGGGGGUGCUGGGCCUGAUGGUGUUCAGGGCUCUGUAGGUAAUCAAGGUAGUGUACAUGGAGAUGGGAUGAGUAUGCCUUCGCAGGCUCCGUUGCCUGGUUCAAUGGGUGGACAUUAUGGGGGACCUGUCGGCAUUGGAUCAUACGGUGGAUUUUCAGGAGGCCUCCAUGCUCCUCCACCACAGCUCGGUCAUAAUCCAAUUAACUCGUCGUUGGGUGGUCCAGGGCCGGGCUUGUCUUCUAUGGGUAGUCAGACACAUAAUUCUCUUAAUGGUACUGGUGGGUAUGGUGGCGGGCUUGGCGGCGUCCCUUACGGUGGAGGAUAUGGUGGUCCUGGGUCAUCUGGGUUUUCUGGUAUGGGCGUUGGUGCAGCCGGCGGCCUCGGAAGUGCCACUGCUGGAACAGGAUCUGGUUUGUACAGGUUGCCCCCGAACUCUGGUGGAAUGCCGUCGAAUGGUUAUCCCGAAAGUUUGCCAUAUAGUUUAUCGUCUUUGGCUGGUUAUCCGAAUCAGCAUCAACAGACGACAGGUACAUCACCAGCGCCUCGAGUGCCGCCUGGGGGCAUGUACCCUAACGUACCGCCUUUUUAUUGAGAUGCUUUAUGUGCUUCACCUGAUUGCGUAGAAUGCCGACUAUCAAUCUGAUUUGGUGAAUGUAUUGGCUGUGCUUUUGUGACCUCUUUUUUAGAUGUAUUUAUGAGUGCUUGUAGAAAGAAAUCAUGCAAUGGUGUUUUCGUGUACUUGUCAACAAUUAAUAUGCUUUUGGUUUUUUUCCUCCUCCAAAUUAGUCUAAUAAAUGAUCACUGAUUUCUGUUCCUCCUUUUCUUUUGCUGGGACUUGAGUUCAUGGGUAGUUUUGUAUGGU